AUGUUAAAGAACAAUAAACGUGAGGAUUAUCUUGGUAUCUAUCCAACUACACAAGAAUACCAAUAUUGUACGGAUGAUAACACAUGUCAAUGCAGAAGAUGUAAAAAAAAUCGAAUAAACCAAUGGCCUUAUGAACGAUCACUUGCUGCAAAUCUUUUAUAUUUAACUGGUAUAAAUAUCGAUCAAAUUAACUAUAAUGACGUAUCCAAAUUUGAACAAACGCUUAUCUCUGAUCAUUUAACUAAUAUUAGUCAAUUUUGGAAAUAUGUAACUGAAUUAUUUUUAUUAGCUGGUGAAAAUGGAAUUGAAAUACUACGUCAAUUCAAUAAUGGAUUAUUCGAUAAAAGCUUUAUACACUAUCGUCGACUUCAUAUACCCUGUCCAAAUAGUCCACAUCCAAAAAGAAAUAAAAAAAUAAUCAAGUAUUGCUGA